UCCGUCGCCGCGGUUGGCUAUGGCUCAGGGCUCUGACAGCAAUGACACAAGUUACAAGUCCCCAUCACCUGGAAGCAGGCCGUGCUCCUCGGACGAUGCGAAGAAGGUGAUGCGGAGAGAGAAGAACCGGAUCGCGGCUCAGAAGAGCAGGAUGAGGCAAACUCAGAAAGCUGACAACCUGCACUUGGAGAGUGAGAACCUGGAGAAGGAGAACGCCGCCCUGAGGAAGGAGGUGAAGCAGCUGACGGAGGAGGCCAAGUAUCUGUCCUCCGUGCUGAGCAGCCACGAGCCUCAGUGCACCGGCCUGCAGGCUCCUCCGACCCCCGACCUCCUCCUCCACCCUCCCCACCACAGCAGCUACCACCACCACCAGCACAUCACCGUGCCACACUACCAGCACUGACCCCGCCGACCACCGAGGGCGCGCUGCGAACCGACGACUGACCUCAGUGGAGAGAAAGACGGACUGUGAAUGUGUCUGUGUGCGUUGAUCAUUGUUCUAAAACAUGAACAUUACAUAAGCAGCCAGCACGUCUGGAACUCAAUGACAGCACCGAGCCCAUGCUGUCGCAAGCUGUGUUCAAAACUAUUUAUUGUUGUGUUCAUCUCUUUGCUUUCACCUGAUUAAUAUCAGGGAUCUGUGUGUGAACUUAAAAUGGCUCAACGAGUUAUGAACCAGUCCAUGUUUACAUUGGGAGAAACAGAACAACCUACGGUGUGUUCAGGGGACUCAGGCGGUACAGUUUAAAAAAAAAAUGUUUAGUGUCAUCUCGUCAUGUUCCUACUUUCUCGUGUUUUAUGAAUGCGUUUCAAUGUGUAAGUGUAGAUCGAUAAUGCUCAGGAGAUUUUUUUUGACAGAUUUGAUUGUGGACAAAGAGAAUGUAAAGUCGAGAUCCUAAAGAAAUCCUUAAAAGAUCCACGUGUGUCCAGUGAGGAACGGGCAUUCAACGGGGUCUCCACUUGUGUACUGGUGACAACGCUGAUGUGGGACGACAUAUAUUUAUUAAAUGUGAAGCCUUUUUGGUGAUA